AUGACUUACACCGAAUCGUCGCAAGUCUUCUCUUCACACCUCCACAUCAUAGCGCACGUAUAUGCCGUCAGUGUGAGCAUCAAAAUUAAUCCAUCGAUGAGUCUCCCCACUAUGCACAAUUUCCCAAUCACCGAAGCCCGACUUAUCGCGUUAUUCUUGCAGAGCGUCACAUACGGUAUACACAUGCUCACCUUCACGAUCUGCAUAUGGACGCUCUUCAAGCGGACCGGCGUACGUCGCAAUCUCUGCAGCUGGUCUUGGUUCUAUGUCGCAACGGCAUUGUUUAUCGUCGGCACGGUUGACGUUCUAUUCAAUCUGUGCCACAACGUCUCCGCGUUUGUCAACAACAACCACAGCGAGGGCGACGCAAAAGCGGUGUUCCUGCAGAUCUCGUCAAGAGUGAAUAUCAUGAGGGUAAACAACUUAUGGUUGCUCGCCGUUAGUUCGUUCGUCGCUGACGGCCGCCCUACCCAGAGUGCCUGGUACGAUAUUGUGACAGUCAUCUCGGACGCGGCUUUGAUAUACCGCUGCUGGAUUCUAUGGAACAGGCGGUGGUGGGUCAUUGCCAUGCCAUUGUUGCUAGUGAUGGUAACUAGCGCGACCGCUGUGGCGAACCUAUCCUACAUGCACACACUCGGAGAACUGUCUAUUACGGACGGAAACAAUAAGCUCUAUCCGCUUCUGACGUCCGUCUUCGCUAGUACCCUGGUUCAUAACGUAUACUGUACAGGUGCAAUCAAUCAAUUCUUGUGGCUGCUAUUAGGCAUGAUCGUGUAUAGGAUCUGGAGGGUCGACAGGUGGACGUCUUCUCUCUUUCCUUCCAGCACUUCCACUCGUCGCCGCUCGAAACUUGCAGCUGUGAACACGGCAAUCGUCGAGUCUGCGGUCAUAUACACUGCUUCGGUUCUAGCGACAUUCAUAUCCACAUACAGCGGUACCAACGCCUGUUAUGGUCUAUCAGACAUGACUUUGGAGAUCGUUGGCAUCUCCUUCGACCUCAUCAUCAUCCGGAUCAGUGGUGACGCCUCUUCGCAAGCGUUCAGAGAAGGCUCCUAUCCUAUCCAAGUCCGUGUCUCCACGACCACGGUUAAGGGGGAUACAGAGCCUUCGGGAUGCAGAGGCAUACUUGGGGACAUGGGUACCAGUCUGCCUGAGCUCCGAUCCUCUGUCUCUCCGGAGCUCAGCUUGGAGUUCGACAAGGCAAUGGACUUCGUUGGUGGAUCAAUCCGUCAAGUAUAA